AUGAGCAACCUGGCCAAGGAGAAUGAGAACAGCAACAGCAGCCUUGAGGAGGAGGCCCAAUACUAUGGUGAAAUCUGUCUUGGAACCCCCAAACAAUGCUUCAACGUCGUCUUUGAUACUGGCUCAUCCAACCUGUGGGUGCCCUCUUCCAAAUGUUGCCUGAUACAUUUGGCAUGCUGGGUACACAAACAUUACCGUUCCCUGUUUUCCUGCACCCACAAGGCUGAUAAAAGCAAAUUUGAAAUUCAUUAUGGAAGUGGUAGCCUUAAAGGAUUCUUAAGCCAGGAUGUCCUCAGGAUUGGUAACAUCACCGUUAAGAACCAGACCUUUGCUGAGGCUACCGAUUUGCCAGGCUUGGUUUUUGUGGCUGCCAAAUUUGACGGUAUCAUGGGAUUGGGUUAUCCCUCCAUCUCAGUAAACAACAUCACCCCACCCUUUGAUAACAUGAUGAAGGCAAAACUUCUGAAAAACAAUGUCUUCUCAUUCCAACUUUGCAACUCCAACAAGACCUCACAACAAGACAAUGGAGGUGAAAUUAUUUUUGGAGGCAUCAACCACAACGCCUAUGUGGGAAAGCUUCACUACAUCCCAGUGUCACGCAAAGCCUACUGGCAGAUCAAGAUGGACAAGAUAACCAUAGAGAAACAACGCAAGGAGAAUACAUGUUGGCCAUGGAACGUGCUUGAAACUACCAACUCAUCCACCCUCUGCAAGGACAGUUGCCAAGGCAUUGUGGACACCGGGACCUCUCUCAUUACGGGACCCAGCGAGGACAUAAAGGCUCUGAAUGAAAUUAUUGGUGCUCAACAUGCUUUCGGUGGACAGUACAUAAUAGAUUGCCAGAAAUUAUCUGAGAUGCCCAGUAUCACUUUUCAUCUGGAUGGCAGACCCUACACCCUGACCCCCGAAGAUUAUACUCUUCAGGUGAGACAGGCAAAGGUGACUGCUUGCAUCAGUGGAUUCAUGACCCUCGACAUCCCAAAGCCCACAGGACCACUCUGGAUCCUGGGAGAUGUUUUCCUCAGACGAUACUACUCAGUCUUUGACCGAGACAAUGACCGAGUUGGCUUAGCUGUUUCUAAACAAUCUUCAUGUGGUUCUGAUGGGAAAGAUUAA